GAGUUUGGUGUCGAUAAAUGGAAUUGAAAUUCAACUAUGAAUUUCUUACAGACUUCGGAUCGCGCAGUAAGCGCACUCAAGAGUGGGAUAAUCAUCAGAAAACACAUCUAAUCAACAUUGUGGUGACCGAUUUGGAUAAACUGGAUGCGCAGGAGCGUCAAAAGGAGCAAAAGGUCAAAGCAGCGUUGAUGAAAAUGAUGAAUCUAAAGGAGGCCAAAGCAGUAGCUUCAAAAGUGAGACAUCACUUUGAUAAUGCACCUGGUUUGGAUUUCCGACGUGAAUUUGCCAGCGAUGAGCCGAAUCCCUAUAUUGAGAAUUUGCGAAAUCGUUGCGAGCAACUUUAAGA